AUGAGUGAUCAAGAAGUGACUUAUUCCACCCUGAGAUUUCUUCAGUCACCUUCAGAGUCACAAAACAGAUUAAGACCUGGUGGUACUCAAAGACCUGACAAGACUGAGGAAAAAGAGUCUUCAGUGCCCUGGCAUGGCAUUGCAGUGACUCUUGGGAUCCUCUGUUUUCUUCUCUUGAUGACAGUCACUGUGCUGUGUAUAAAGAUUUUCCAGUAUAUUCAAGAAAAACAUCAACAGGAGGAAAUUCUACGGAACCUCAGUCAAAAGUAUGAUGUUUUACAAAGUGACAACUACUUAAAGAAGCAACUUUUGACAGAGAAGACUUCAGAAUGCGAUAGACUAAAUGAAACUCUUCAGCAAAUAAAAAGGUCAGACUUACUUGUUACAGAAAAGGGAUGCAAUCAAGAAAAGAAGUCUUCAGAGUCUUUGCCAAAUACAGGCAAACUCAAGGAAGUCUCCUGGUGGUGUUGGGGAGUAACCUGUUACUACUUUACUGCUGAAACUAAUACCUGGAUGGGAUGUAAACAGACUUGCCAAAGUCACAAUUCAUCUCUUUUGAAGAUAGACGAUGCAGAAGAACUGAACCUCCUUCAACCCCAAGCUUGUCAAAAUUCCUACUGGAUUGGAUUAUCAUUUAACCUAAUGGAAAAUAGGUGGAAAUGGAUUGACAAUGGCAUACCUUCUGGACUUAAUUUGACAAUAAUGGAUUAUCAUUUUUGGAAAAGUGAAUGUGCAUUUUUAACCUCAACAAGAAUAGAAACUAUUAAUUGCUAUAGAACCUAUAAUUGUAUCUGCAAGAAGAGAAUUGAUUGCUUCAAUAAAUGCUAA